AUGGGAGCCGACACGACAACGAUCGAACAGAGCCUCAGUCGCCUCUCAGUGACUGACCAGGUCAUUCAAGAGCACAAAACGAAGGUCACGAUUACUACGACCUCGAUUUCCGACAAACCUGUCAAGGCAGCCCUCACAAAAAUCCUCCCCUUGCCCAGCUCCAAAGCUACUUCAACAGCAUUGCCUGCAAAGCCAGGGUCCACUAGCAAAUCAAAGGAGGAAAGCCAACCUAUGGUCAAGCCAGUGCCUAUCGUUCAACAGCCUUCAGUCAAACAGUUCCACCUUGGCAUGUUCGAGAUCGGUAAACCACUUGGCAAAGGGAAAUUUGGGCGCGUUUACCUAGCUCGCGAGCGCGAGCAUGGUUUCAUUUGCGCUCUGAAGGCCCUGGACAAAGCGGAACUGCAACAUAAUCGAGUUGAAAAGCAGGUGCGACGCGAAAUCGAGAUACAGAGCAACUUACGACAUCCGAACAUCUUGAAACUGUAUGGUCACUUCCACGACUCGAAACGGAUCUUUCUGAUUCUCGAAUUCGCUGGGAAAGGCGAGUUGUAUCGACACUUGCGCAAGGCCAGCAGGUUUUCUGAGCCCAGGGCAGCGAGGUAUAUUGCUCAGAUGGUCAGCGCAUUGCGCUACCUUCAUCGCAAGCAUGUCAUUCACCGCGACAUCAAGCCAGAGAACAUUCUUCUCGGAAUCCAUGGGGAGAUCAAGAUCUCGGAUUUCGGAUGGAGUGUGCAUUCACCUAGUAGCCGUCGGAGGACUCUUUGCGGGACCUUGGACUACCUUCCGCCUGAAAUGGUCAAGCCGGGGAACAAUGACAAUUCCUACGACGAGAAGAUCGACCUGUGGGCUCUUGGCGUUUUGAUGUACGAGUUUCUGGUGGGUGAGGCUCCGUUCGAGGACACAAUCGUCAUGACACACAGGAGGAUUGCCAGAGUAGACAUGACGAUUCCGUCAUUUGUCAGUGCUGAGGCCUCAGACCUCAUUCGCAAAUUGCUCGUUGUCGACCCCUUGCGGAGGUUGCCACUCGAGCAGGUUGUUGAGCAUCCAUGGAUCAGAAAGCACUGUGCUAAACCGGAUACUACAGUGACAACCAUAAGGGGAAAGGCAACCUGA